UUCGAAGAACGCGGCGACAGUUGAUUUGAGCUCGUGAGUAGUCUCUGCAGUGCUCCCCCAACGCGUGGGUCAACGUGAUGCCCGGCUAGCUACACGACAGACUUCCCGAGCAUUUCGUCUAACAUGUUGACAGAAAGCAUCAGGGAAGUGCACAUUGUGGGAGAGUAAUGACGAUGGAAGCCAGACUGGGUGCUGCAGCGCCGGAAGAGGAGGUGAUGUGUCAGACCGACAGUGAUGGCCCGCAGGAGGACGCGGCUCCACCCACACGCGCAGCGAAGUGGUGGCGCACUCGCCCGACGGUGGAGCCGCUGGUGCUGCUCUUCAUGUUCUCCUACGUGGUGACGCACUCGGUGGUCAACGGGCUCUUCCUGGAGCGCGUGUGCCGCUCCAGCGACACCAGCGUGUGCACCAACGAGGAUCGCGCCUAUUCCAGCACGCUCACCACCUGGAAGACCAUCAUCGAAGCUAUCGUGCCCGCCGCUGUGUCGCUUUUCAUCGGCAGCUGGAGCGACAAGUUCGGACGUCGACCCAUCUUCAUCUGGUCCUUUGCUGGCAACGCCAUCGCGUACGGCGUGUUCUCCGGGCUGGCUGCGAUUCCAGACCUAGCGCCGGAGUGGUUGCUGAUGCCUUCAGUAGCGGCCACCUUCAGUGGCGGCAUGAUUAACCUCAUGGCUGUGGCCAACGUCUACAUCGCCGACGUCAGCCCUGCGGGGCAUAAGGAGCUAAGACUGGGGAUCCUGGACGCGGCGCAGUACUCGGCCAUGAUGCUGGGGUCAGGGCUAUCCACGCCGCUUUUCCUGGGCCUCAGCUACCACGGGGUGUUCGCCCUGGCUGCCGGCCUCAUGCUGCUGUGUCUGCUCUACUCCAUCUUCCUGCUGCCGGAGACCAUGGCGCCCUACACGCCGCCUGAAGACGCGAGUUGCGGUUGCUGCAAGGGGAUCUUCCGCCCCCAGCUGGUGCGCGACGCACUCAAGACGUCCCUGAUGAAGCGGCCCCACCAUGGACGUUCAACCAUCCUCAUCGUCAUCGUUGUGGUCGUGACUGGCGUCCUCAUCUCCCAAGGAGAAGGCGUCGCCAGCUACCAGUUCCUGAACGCCAAGUUUCAGUGGACCGUCGAACAGAGCUUGCUGUACGGUUUCUUCACCAACGGCACCACUGCUGUAGGUACCAUGGUGGGCGUGCUGGUGUUCAUACGCUGGCUCAAGCUGGCUGACGGCUGGAUAGCCCUCAUCACUUUCUCCUGCAAGAUCGCCGCCGCCAUAAUCUACUCGAUAUCCCCGGAGUCGUGGUAUAUGUUUCUAGGUGGGGCUGUCGCUUGCUUCGGAGCCUUGAUCUGGGUUCUGGUCAGAGCGAUGCUGACGAGGCUGGUCGCCAAGGACGAGAUAGGCCAGGUGUUCGCGCUGGCGGUGACCAUAGAGUCGGUGACCCCACUGGUGGGGACUCCCAUGUACAACGCCGUCUUCAAUGCGUCCAUCAACACGUUCCCUGGAGCCUUCUACCUGCUCUCCGCCGGGAUCAUGGUUAUCGACCUCCUACUGCUGCUAUUCGCAAUCUUCCUAAACCGAGGAGCGAAGAGAGAGCAGCAGAGGCAGCUGGACCACACUGACAGCAAGACGUCGGCCCCCGAGUGAGUGUGGCCGGAUGGCCCGCCGUGGCUGUGGCCGUGUGACGGCCGCUCCACGAAUCUCAGCACCGCGGCGCUGCGCGAGCCUCUGACCGUGGUCGAGGCGUUCUUCACCCGCAGAGGGCCGCCAGAGGGGACAGGGGACGCCGGUGCUUGGCAGGGCCGCGGGCACGGCAGGGUGCCCCAUGAGAGGACCACAGGGUGCGCCGCCCCUGCCCUGUGUUCAUACAUCACUGCCCGCAAAAGGACGGCGUGGCUCUCCAGACAUGCUGCAUGCCUUAUAGCUUUUUAUAACAAUUCUCCUUUUUUAUGUGUACGUAUUGUUGUAUAAAUAUUUAGAUACAAUUUUCCAAAAGAACGAGUUCUUUACAAUCCGAGCCAACAUCUUAGACACAUAUGUGAAAUUAUUUGGUGUUUUUUAUGAACGUAAAAAUAAAAUAUAAUACAUGAGUUUCCUCUAAUGGCAUGUAUUAGCAACCGUAAUUACAUGUACCAGGAAAGCAAAUAAGCAUUUUAUACAUGUUUCCUAAAAUACUGUUGUGCUGGACUUAUUUUAUAAAAUCAUCUUUAACGGAAGCUUAAAAAAGACUUUUGGAAUUAUCUUCUGCGAAGUUUUUUGGAAAAAACAGCAUUUUAGCCUUAGCCUGUUUUAAAUUACACAUAAAGCAGUUGCACAUAAUUUGCAUAUGACUGUAUAUGAUCGUCGUUAUAAAAUAUUCUUUUUAUACUGAAAAAGACUUAUUAAAGCUACGUUAUUUCAAAAAAU